AUGGACAACAAUGAAGUCGACUCUGAGUCUCUGGAUUUGAUCACAGCUAAGGAGCUGUUUGACUCCCAGAGAAUCCGCAACCAGUUUGGAGAGCCUUUUGAGAACGCUGUCAAGGCUUGUAUUCACCAGCAGUUCAGAGCGGAGAAGAAUGGUGAUAUCAUUGAACUUGACUCGCGAGACCCAUCAUUCCUGCAGAAUGCUGUGGAUUCCAUUAUUUCGCCUCUUCAGUUACAGGCAGAUACAUAUCUCCGUCGAACCAUCGAAGGCAAGUACUUUACUGCAUGA